CGGUGCGCUGCGCACGCGAGAGGACGAACGCGCUCCAAGCUACGUCGAUUUAAUCCAGAUACCUGUCUCGCACGCUAACAACGCCUGCGCCUCGUAGCUGCACUGUCAACAAACUAACAUCUUUGUCGGAUUCAGGCUGUCUCUCCCACGUCUGUGAGCAUGGCUCAGGAAGGCGAGUUGGACGCCGGAUUCUUUUCUUUAGCGCUCGGCGGCCAGAACGUGACGUCCGUCAGCCUCACGCCGAUGGACACCAAGGGUUCGAGCUUCUGCGGGCAGCUGACGCGCGCGACGGUGGUGCUGGGCGACGGCGCGGAGCUGCGGCUGGUGGUGAAGCGGCCGCCGGAGGACGCGCAGGUGGCGUCCGCGCUGUCCGCCAUGGGGAUGUUCUCGCGCGAGCGGCUGGUGUACCAGGAGGUGCUGAGCUGCGGCCGCGCCGCCGGCGUGGGCCCGCUGCUGCUGGGCACGGCGGGCGACACCCUGCUGCUGCAGGACCUGUCCGUCGGCGGCUUCCGCGCCGCCGCCGCCGGCCUGCUGGACGCGCAGCACGCGGCCGCCGCGCUGCGAGCUCUCGCGCGCCUGCACGCCGCCUCGCUCGCCGUCGAGGCCGGCCUGCCCGGCUCCCUCGGCCGCUACUCCGAGGUCCUGUUCACCGAAGCCAGCCGCGAGUACGUGCAGCACUUCGUGCAGCCCAACUGGCGCGCAGUCGUCGACGUGGUGGCCACGUGGGACGGCUACCAGAAGUUCGCCGACAAGCUGCGCGCUAUGGAGCCCGCCGUCAUUGACAGAGCAAUUGAAAUCGUCAAGCCAAAAGAUGAUGAACUGAAUGUGUUAACUCACGGGGACUUCUGGAAAAACAAUAUACUGUUCCGGUACGACCCCAGUUCCGGAGAUGUAAUCGACGCACGAGUGGUGGACUACCAGCUAAGUAGAUUCUCCUCGCCGUCUCUGGACCUGAAUUAUUUUUUCCACACCAGUGUAGAGAACACGGUGCGCCGCUGCCACAUGCCGGCCCUGGUUGCGGAAUACGUGGACACACUCAACAAGCAGCUGGAGACGUACGAAGUGCAGCGGCGGGUGACGGUGGAAGAGGUAGAGCGGCAAAUGGGGGAUCGGCUGGAGUUUGCACUCCUGGCGGCCUGCACCGACCUGCGCGCCGCCAUGAGCGCGCCAGCUGACACAGUCGAGCUUUCGCAGCUUGCAUCCUCUGGCGACUCCCUCACCAGCCUCUACCACUCCGAGAGCUUCAAAGACGUCUUCUCUUUGAUGCUACUGGAAUUUGAACAGAAAGGCCUCUUGUAAACGUUCAGAAACUGUAUUAUUUUAAAACUAAUACGUAGAUGAGAAAUGAGAAAGAGAAACAUUGAAAAUAUUUAAACUAAAUCGAAGAACUAAAAAAACUAAGAGAGACACUUAUAACUACAAGUUCAAUAUGAAAAUUGUAAUCUUGUGAUCGAAUGUUAAGACAUUCAAAGUAUUCACUGUAACAGAGGUUUUAUAUCAAACUUGUUGCACUGGUGCUGGUACUGAAUACUGACAGUGGCUUAUUCAGGCCCUGAACCAUUCUGAUAACCAAUUUAAUGUUAUAGGACAAUAAAAGUUAUGGAACUAA